AUGAAAAUUUUCACUAAAAAAGAAGCAAAAGCUCAUGAUUCACAAAUCGGUAAAGCUGAUACAAAAGGAAUCUCAAUAGAAGGGAAGGGAUUGAGCGUCAGUGCUGAUGCUAAAGGGAUUGAAACAAAAACUGCAACAGUGACAGCAGCUGGUGUGAAAGGAGAAGGCAAGAUAAAUGUCAAUGUAGAAGGGAAGGGCCUAAGUGCAACUGCAGCGGAUUUAAAAGUAACAGGAGGAAAGGGAAAUGUUGGAGUAGAUGUUAAAGCAUCAGUUAAAGGUGGGGAUGUGUCAGCUCUUAAAGCUGAUGUCAGUGGUGCUGAAGGUAAUGUUGGUGCAUCAGGGAAAGCUGAAGGUGUUGGCGUGGCUGCUGAAAUAGCUAAAGUAAAAGCAACUGGAGGACAAGCCAAUGCCAGUGCAUCUGCUGAAGCAAAAGCAACUGGUGUAGCUGCUAGUUUUGGAAAUGCUACCGUUUCUGGAGCUAAAGCAACAGCAAAUGCCUCCAGCUCAGCAGAAGUAAAAGGUGCUAGUAUCAAUGCAGGAAAAGCAGAUAUCUCUGGAGCUAAUGCUACAGCACGUGUUGGAGCUAAAGUUGAAGUUGAAGGGUUUGAUGGACAAUUUGGUUCAGCAAAAGUUGUUGGAGUAGAAAAAAAGAUUGAAACAAGUGCAGACAUGAAUAUAACAGGUAAAAAGGUAAUUAUGGGUACAGCAACUGUUGAAGGAAUAAAAGGAGGAGCAAGUGCAAAAGCUACAGCAAGUGUUGAAGGCUCAACAAUAAAAGCAGCAAAUGUUAGAGUGACUGGAAUAGAUGCUACAGCUUCAGCUAAAACAAGUGUUAGCACAGGAGGAUUUGAAGGAGAAUUCGCUAAUGUUCAAUUAAGUGGACAUGGAGGUAGUGGAGUAAGUGCUAAUACUGAAUUGAAACCAGGAGUGCAAGCUGGUAACAUUAGUGCUGGUACACACAUGCGUCCUGGAAUAUCUGUUUCUACGAAAGUUGGAAUUGGAAAUUUUAACUUGUCUGUUGGUCCUCCUGGAAUCAGCAUUGCACCAAAUUUUGGCGGAAUUUCUUUUGGAAGUGCUGGAGGAGGAAGUGGUUGUAAGGCUGUUGCUGUCAUUAAAGGGAAAGGAA